AUUAAUGAACUUUGAGGUUAUAUUGAAUAAACUAUUGUAUUUAGCUUAACCACACUCGUAAUAGGAAAUAUAUCAAAAAAACUAAUUUUAGGGAUAGAAUAAAGUUCUGACCAUUUUACCAUUACUGGUAGACAUUUCGAAAAAGAUUAAAAAACAAUAUUUUUUAAGUUGAUCUUAUUAGAAAUUAUUAGCUUUAUGUCCAUUAGGUUCAAAUUCAAAAUUAGAAAAAAAUAUUUCUUACUUAGACUUGUAAUAUUUUUUUAUUAAAAAUACUAUGACCAACUGCCCCGGACUUACCUCAAUAGAUACUUAAAAUAAAUAACAUUAGAUAAUAUUCAUAGUAGGUAUAUACAUAUAAGCUGUUAGCUUAUAUUAGUCUUUGAUGCAUGCAACAUGAACAAUGAUGCACUACAAUAACAACGAUUUGUAAAUAGCAGAUGUGUGGACGUCUAGUGCAUAAAAGAGUCAUGUCAAUGAUCAAUAGCUGCAGUAGAAAAUAGACCGCGUUCAAUUUAUCAAGACGAGAAGAAAUCACAUCAACAUGGCUCAUUCAAGUGAAAAGAAUACUGACAUCUGCUCAUCUGCAUUAAACCUCAUCGGAAAUACACCUCUAGUUGCAUUCGACCGAUUAUGGCCAGGACCCGGUAGAAUUCUGGCUAAAUGUGAAUUCAUGAAUCCCGGAGGAUCAGUCAAAGACCGGUCAUCGUUAUACAUGAUAAAUGCCGCCCGGGACGAGGGAAAAUUGAAACCAGGACACCCAGUCAUAGAAGUUACAUCGGGAAACCAGGGAUGUGGUCUCGCAGUAGUGUGUGCUGUUUUAGGUCAUCCGUUAACCGUCACGAUGCCGAAAGGAAACAGUGUGCAAAGAGCUAUACACAUGGAAGCGCUCGGCGCCAAUUGCAUCAGGGUACCUCAAGUUGAAGGUACGUAUGGUAACGUUACCCUGGCAGAUGCACUCGCUGCUGAAGCGGAAGCUGUUAGAAUAACUGAGGAAACAGGGGCGUACUAUACGAAUCAAUUCUGCAACAAAAUGAAUUCCGGUUCACAUUACUUGAGCACCGGUCCUGAGAUUUGGAGGCAGACUGGACAUCGUGUGGAUGCUUUCUUAGAUACAGUGGGUACAGCAGGUACUUUUGCGGGGACUGCGAAGUUUUUGAAGGUAGUACACCCAGAAGUAUUGUGUUAUGUAGUGGAGCCGGUUGGAUCAGAGCCUAUUAAAGGCGAAGCGAUUACGAAACCUUUACAUUUGUUGCAAGGUUCGGGAUAUGGACUGGUGCCUGAUUUAUUUGACUACGACCAUUUGGAUGGAACCUUUAGUAUUACAGAUGAGGAGGCUGUAGAAUAUAAGCAACUGAUUGGUGAGAAGGAAGGUUUGUUUGUGGGUUACACGAGCGGUGCAAACGUGGCUGCGGCUGUGAAGUUGUUGAAGUCAGGUGUGCUGCCUGAGGACGCUUGGGUUGUGACGUUACUCAACGACACUGGGUUGAAAUACACUCCUAUUCCUGAUGAUCUGAAAUAAGAUUACAUAAAGAAGGAUAACUUCUAUUAGUUGUCUUGGAAAUAUUGGUAUUUUAUAUAAUAAGCAUAAUAAAAACAUACCUUCUUAAUCA